AUGGACGCCUGGUGGAAGCCUGGCAUAGAAAAUAUAAAUGGAAGGACUAUCGAUUGUGUGAACAAUUGUCCUCAGACCUGGAGUCUUCCAGAAACAAUAGCCGCUGAUAUUAUUAUUAUCUGCACGUACCUCACUUUGGUCUUAAAGAUAUUGCCGGCACUUAUGAAGAAUCGGCCGCCAUACAAACUAAGCAAAUUGUUGAUAUGCUACAAUGCUUUUCAAGUAUUUUAUUCAAGUUAUCUUGUCUUUAUAUAUACGCGGUAUAUAAUAAAACACGGUAUAUUCCCUACGAGAUGUCCCCAAGGAGAUCCUUUAAAGCCGGUGAUAAAAGACAUUUUCCCAUACUUUCUUGCCAAGCAUGUAGAUCUUUUGGAUACGGUGUUCUUCGUUUUAAGGAAGAAGGAAAACCAAGUGACAUUUCUUCAUGUUUAUCACCAUAGUGUGAUGGUAACAUGGGCUUGGCUUUACUAUGCUUAUAAGCCAUCGGACCAUUUCGUAGUUGUUGGUUUGAUUAACAGUUUCGUUCACGUACUAAUGUACGCAUAUUAUGGAUUGUCGUCGCAGGGUCCACGGUUUGCUAAAUUUAUCUGGUGGAAAAAACAUUUGACGAAGAUACAACUUAUCCAGUUUAUUUUAGUCGUCUUCAACAUGCAUUACCAGCAGAAGUUAACGCCAUGUCCGAUUCCUUUCUUCUUCCACUACUUCGGCAUGUUAAGCAUCUGCUCAUUCUUCUUCCUCUUUUUGAAAUUUUAUCUCAAGAGCUAUGUGAAACAGUCGAAGAACAUCCAGGAAACUAAAACAAACUGUAAAGAUAUAGAACAUAACAUUGCUAAAAAUGAUGUUAAAAUAAAGUAA